AUGGUAUUGCGCACUCACAGGGCGCCUCCGACGAACCCAGCCACUAUCCAGGUCAGAACGUCUUCAGGCAGGUGGCUCGUGCUGGACGCGAGGCGCCUAACGAAUGACCGCUUUGAACUAAUCCUCCCCGAGGAUGUCCUCGAUGCGCUCUCUUCUCCAGCCACAUCUGCGGCCACCGCGGCCACCAGCCCAACCCGCUCUACCACCCCGCUUCCCCCAUACUCGCCCCCUCCUCCCAGCUACGCCGCCUCCUGGAAUGAUGCCUUGUCGCAUCCCGCCCCCUCUGUCUCUACAACACCCGCCCAGCGGGCUUAUAACAUUCCGGCCACCGCAGCUCCCGCCCCCGGUUAUCCCUCAUUCACGUUCCAGGCCGCUGCCGCUUCUACUCAUACUGGUUUUACGUUCUACCCAACACCUCAACCUGACCCUCGGCCCGACAUCAAGGAGGUCACAUACAAGAUGCCCCGCGCUGAGCGCAUCUACUGUUUCUUCUCGAAGGGCCCUGUCGCCUUGAACAACGCCCCACCGCUUGAUGCGUUCCCUUCGCCGCCUAUGAACGGCGACACCUAUGUACAUCACCCGACCGCCAGCCAGUUUGCGCACCAGCUUUGGUACUACUGGGCCGAGCAGUGGGUCAGAUCUCGCACGCUCGCGCCGCACCCGGCGGGGCGCGACUACGUGCUGCAUUGGUGCCCGUCGAGCUUGACGACGCGCUGGAUGAAGCGUGGCAGUUGCAAGAAGGACAGGGUACCGUUGCGGUAA